GCCCUACGUCCACGCCACGAUCCAAUCCCAUCCUCCGCGGCACCAUCUCCAUCAUCUCCUUCCUCGCCGGGCGCCGGACGGCUGCCCUCGCAGGCUUCGCGGCCAUGAAGCUUCCGCCGGCUGUUGUCUGUCUUCUCCUCAUCCUCGUCUGCUUUGAUGCUGCUCGCGUGGAGGCCCGAGGCACACCUUCUGCCCAGGGGUCGAGGAACCAAUGGUCCAGCAUGUUCGUCUUCGGCGACGACUUUGUCGACAACGGCAACCGUCCCAACAUCACCGGUGAAAAGACAUCGCGCCAAUGGAGCUACCCCUACGGCUCCUAUCUCAACUCUCAUUAUUCUACGUCUCCUGUUUUGACCGGGCGCUUCUCCAACUACAGGAUGCAAUCAGAUUUUAUAGCAAGGAUGUUGGGUCUCCAUGAAGCCCCUCCAGCGUACGAGCUCACAGAAGAUCAAUCUUGUGACUCAUCUGGCAUGACCUUUGCUUCUGGUGGCGCUGGUGUCUUCAAGGUGAAGACCAAGAAGGUGCCGACACUUGCCGCACAAGUUCAAACUUUCAAGAGGCUUGUCAAGGAUGGGGUCAUCUCAACACAUCAGCUUCACCACUCCGUCGCGCUCAUCGCCAUCUCCGGCAAUGAUUACAUGAGCGACUCCGACAUUGAGACUGGCUUCUACACAAGCUUCGAUGAUCUUGAUACUUAUGUCGGAAACGUGGCGACUGAGAUCCUAGAUAAUGUGGCGCAACUGCAGAUGCUUGGUGUGAGAAAGGUGUUAGUAAACAACUUGCAUCCUAUUGGUUGCACGCCUUUGCAUACUAGUUCGAACAAC